GCUCCCUUGCAGUGCGCUAGGCGUCCCACGGAUCUGUGUCUUGCUUCAACAGUGUUUGGACGGAACAGACCCCUGGGACUCCUCUUUUUCCGGCCUCCGACCACCCUCCAACCUCUUUUCCAGUCUCAGCCUUCGGACCAACUUCUCAACCAUCCUCUACCUCCGGCGGGAUCCACUAAUACCGUUCUUUUGAGCUCAGCUCCUUACUGCCGAUCAACCAUGAGCUCCCAGAUUCGUCAGAAUUAUUCUACUGAAGUGGAGGCCGCCGUCAACCGCCUGGUCAACCUGUACCUGCGGGCCUCCUACACCUACCUCUCUCUGGGCUUCUAUUUCGACCGCGACGAUGUGGCUCUGGAGGGCGUAUGCCACUUCUUCCGCGAGUUGGCGGAGGAGAAGCGUGAGGGUGCCGAGCGUCUCUUGAAGAUGCAAAACCAGCGCGGCGGCCGCGCCCUCUUCCAGGACUUGCAGAAGCCGUCCCAGGAUGAGUGGGGUACAACCCUGGAUGCCAUGAAAGCCGCCAUUGUCCUGGAGAAGAGCCUGAACCAGGCCCUUUUGGAUCUGCAUGCCCUGGGUUCUGCCCAGGCAGACCCCCAUCUCUGUGACUUCUUGGAGAGCCACUUCCUAGACGAGGAGGUGAAACUCAUCAAGAAGAUGGGCGACCAUCUGACCAACAUCCAGAGGCUCGUUGGCUCCCAAGCUGGGCUGGGCGAGUAUCUCUUUGAAAGGCUCACCCUCAAGCAUGACUAGGAGCCUCCGGAGUCCAGUGGCCUUUGAGGGGGCCCCUCUGGUAUCCCCCUGGUGUCAGAGCUUCUGCCUGAGCCUCUCCCUGCAGCCACUAGAGAUAGCUUUUUAACUAGCCUGGAGCCCUCUGCCCAAGCCUGGACCAAAUGGAAACAAUAAAGCUUUUUCCAGCA